AGAGAAUUUGAAAGGAAAAAAAAAUGUACCGAUCGGUGAGCUGGAACCGAUUCUCCGACGAAUACUACUCGCGGUCGUCCCCGGCGCUGGUGCUGUCCUCCAAGCCCGAUCAGGCAUUGGGAUUGUCGUCGUCGUUUGGCGCUAAUGAGCUGCCGACGAACGAUCCCGUCGCUGUGAUGGUGAAGCGAGAGAAAGCGCGAGUCAAGUUCGCUGAAACUGCUGUGCAUGUGAUUCCUCUCGUUUUGCUUCUCUGCGCCAUUGUUCUCUGGUUCUUCUCCAAUCCAGAAAUAGAUGUGGGGAUGAGAGGGGAAACAAUUGCAGCAAGAAUAGAAGGAUUGACAAUAGAAGGAGAACUUGAGAGUGAAAUUCCAAUUUUGGACACAGCCUCCUCUCACCAUUCAAACCAACUUGAUGAUCCAUCCUCUAUCCUCAAGAUCAAGAGAUUUAUUUGACCCUAUUCCUUCUCACCUUUCCGUCCUAUCUUAGGUCUUGACUUAUCUCUACGGAUGAAUCUUGUAGAAGAAUUUUUAGAUUUUCGAGAUAUUAAAUACUCACUGAUGUUCAUGUUACGCGAGUUGACACUCUCUAUGUCUAUACAUCUUUGAAUCUAAUGUUAU